AAGGAGCGCUGGCCAGAGGGAGACUGCUGUGUCCAUAACUAGAUGAUCCUAGCAAGGGAAAAUGUGCCACCCUAGCUUGAAUGUGUUCGCUAUUUCCAAGCUAAAAGCCAGAGGAGGAAGUUUACUCCUUCCAGUUUGUCCCACCCCAAAACUGAGCUCUUUCAGGUAUCUUAAAAUAUGUGUCAUAGCCGUCUACAGAGAUGCCCAGCCUUACUGCUGAAAUGCUUGAGGAGUGGUUACCCCAGCGUUUACUCAGGGGAUCAGCAGCUAAAGAAGCCUGUUCAGACGAGAAGCAAACUCUGAAUUCUUUCAGUUUGUAAAUGAAGACCUUUGAAGACCUUGAGCCCUUGAAAGUAUCGGCUACUUCCUUCCUGGGCUGGGGGCGUCAUUUCAGAGCUGCUUACUUGGAUGGUGAGCUCAGAAACCACAGACUCCUCUGCUGAGCCAUCUCCGCUGUGGCCACAUCCCAGGCCCCCAGGAGACAUGGGCUUUGCUGGGAGCUGCUGGACCCUCUGCUGCAUCCUACUACUGCUCGGAGGAAACCUGGGUGUCCUCAUUGAACUCCAGGAUUCAGUCAAUGGCACUGUGGGCCAGUCCGUGCUCCUGCCUGUCUCCUACAAAUUUGUGAACUCCUCUCGCUUCCCACUGUCGUUUCACUGGACGUUCAGUAACCACUCGGACUCGCUCAUCACCUGCACGGUGCUGAACUGCUCCCUGAGUGCUGAGGGGACUCCCAAGCACUGCUCUGCAAAACAUUUCCCACACGCCUCAUACCAAGGUCGUGUUGUGCUUUUCCCUGAGAACGCAUCCCUGCUGCUCCGGGACCUGCAUCUCAGCGACAGCGGGGUCUACAGCGUCACCUUCAAACAGCAGAUCCAAACCAGGCACAUCACCUUAACUGUGUACAGGCAUCGUUUCGCCUCUGAAGAUGACAAUACCUCAGUACAAGACCUAAAAGCAAUAAUGGCCUACACUGUUGGAGGCUGUCUCAUCUUGUUCCUUCUGCUCUUCCUUCUCUACUGCAAGUGGCAUUUUGGUGCAAUUCUUCUGAAGACAUCUAGAGUUAUAAGGCAGCAAGAGUCUCUCAGUCAUGAUGAGUCCCACAUGGAGAACAAGCUGAGAAGGGAUAUAUCCACAGUCUAUGCGCUGAUCGGCAGUGACCAGACACAGCCCAGAGUAAUGCCGAAAGUUGAAUGUGGUCUGUAGCUGUCCGUUGACAGGAACAUGGCCUAACGUAACAGACUGCCUGGGCUGUGAUCGUCUUGGGCAGCAACUGAGGGACUGUCUAGCAUUAGACCUCCACAACCUACCUGAGAAAACAUUGUAACAUCAACCAGACAACUAACUCCUUGAGGUGAAUAGGACACCUUCACCUCUGAUGCUGGCUCUGCUCCUGGGGAUGCUGCAUGUGCCCCAUUCUGGACUGGUGACUCUGCCCAUGCCGUGGGCAGGGAAAGUGGGAACUGGAGCUCCUAAGUGUAAGCUGAGAUGAUGAACUUGCGCUACCAUUAAUAUACAGUUCCCUUUCCCUUUUUCCCCUACAACAUCUGAGAGUAUACAGAUACCGGCCAGUGUGUGUGCAGCGCUGGGAACUCCUCCUGACCAGAGAAGGGAGUCUUAUGGCAAUCACAAAUAAUUUGGGAAAGACACAUCUAUAGGAUUUCUCAGUGAGAAGAACUAACUGAGAAUACAGGAUGCCAAAUGCAUGGCACUUUCACUGUGAAAAGAGACUACACACUGUUGGGACUGAAAUGCUGCUGUUAUUUUCUCCACGUCUCUUGACUGAGCCAUGUGCCAUUUCCCACAGAAAUGGGCUGGUGAUGACAUCUGGGGUCCAUAAAGCCUUACCAAUGGAUCCUUGCUUCUUUUUUAAAGAUCUCCAGUAAGAGCAAUUUCAGGACACUUCUGAGAGAGGAAAAAACUCCCAUGCAUCCUCUCAUGUACUGGGGAGGGCAAAUUGAACGUACGUCAUAUCUGCAGCUGUAAAAUGAGGAAAUUGUAUUUCACAUACUUAUCUGCUCAAAUCCUGAUCCCUAAGGAAAGGGAGAAGAUACUGAUUCCUGCCUGUUUAUGGACUAAACCUCUCCAAGCAUUACAGAGGUGGGGGCUCAGGUUGUCUGUAAUCAUACACUGAGAUGCAGUGCUGUUUUGGAGAGCUUCAGUUUCUCUCUACUCAGAAAAAGUCCAGCAGGUCAAUGGAGAUGUCAAGGUGUUGUUCUAUCUGUCUCAUCACUGCUGUCCUCUAAGCUGUGAGUCUUCCUCCUGAGGGAGGAAAACACCCAGUGAAGGCUUUCAGCUCCUUUCGGUGCCCUAUGGACAUCUAUAAUCAGCAGCUCCCCUCCUCAUGGUGUCUGCUGUGGCCAUAUCCCAAGGCAAGGAGACACAGGCUCUUCCCCACAUUGCUGGAUGCUCAGCUUCAUUCUGCUUUUCCACACAGGCUCCCCAGAAGCAAAACCAGCAGCUUCGCCCUCGACCGGAGGCCCUCGGCACCAGGUGAGCAAGGAGCAGGUGGCCAACACUGACCAUGCAAGGGAGCGGACAUGUGAGGUCCACCUGGGGUGUGCAGGUGACUGCAGGGAAGACCUCCCACUUGAUAGUGGCAGUCCCCUUCGAUUAUCCAAGCAGGAUGCUUCUGCUUUCACCGGGGAAAGGGAAGAACAUUUCCCUGCCAUGCCCGAGGCCAGGCCUAGCUGUUCCACAUCAGCACUGGCAACACCAAGGCCAUUGCAAGGCCACGGCAGCAGGAUCACUCUUCCCCUGAUCAGCCGGCAGCCUUCAAGAUACUCAUUCUUUCUCCUGGGAUCCCAGAGCGCUGCUGAAGGGACAAGCCGAGGUGGCCCAGCAUCCAUGGAGUGGGACAAGCCCUGGCCAAGAUACCCUGUGCUGCCAAGUCUGCGACAGGUGCUGGACAUGAGGGUGCAGAGCCACAACUCGAUGUCGAGCGAGUCCUCAGCGUCGCAAGGCGGAGAGACCAGCAGCAGAGUCACGGCAGAGGAGGCUGGACUCACCAGCAGCAAGAGCCGCAGCCCCAGCUCCAGCUCCAGCCUCUCCUUCACUGAGGUACCGCACGGCUCUGCAGAAGACGGCCUUGCCAGGCCCCACGGGGAAAUGGCCCAGGCCGACUCCUCGUCGCCUUCCCUGCCUGAUUUUGCCGCCCUUGGUCAGGCCCUCCACGACCUGGACAUCGCAGGGAGGGCUGAGAGGCCGGGCCCUGCCCCGCACAGCCCCACACCAUCCGACCCCUCUCUCGACUAUGUAGUCGACUUGCUCGUCUCUGCAGCCUUGCGGUCAGCCGUAGACGUGAGCAGGAGAGCCGUCUGCAACUGCCGCGUGUGCAUGAGGCUGCGGGGGAGCUCAGCGCGGCUGCAGCACGGGGGCUUUUUGCACGCACGCUCUGUUCGGCACCUCCGCCAAGCACAGUCCAGCACCAGACGGCACCACAGGCGGAAAGUACAGCCCCGGCGCCUCAGCAAGGACCUGCUCCCCAUACUCGUGGGGACAAGCGUGCCAGCUUUCCUGGGCAGAGGCAGAAGGUCAGGGCGUCCCAGACGGCCACCAACAGCAAGGGGCCUACAACAGCAGCCGAAGCGGGAGGAAGCAGCGGGGACCAGAGUCUGGGCAGCGCUGGAGGAAGAGCAAGGGGAGCUGACAGGGGAGGAAGCAGGGCAGCAGGAUGCUGACAGAGACCUGCCAGAAGAGCAGCAGCUGGAGGACUCUGCCUCUGUCCACGUGAUCUGGGUCCGACCGAGCUUCGAGAGCCUAUUGGCGGGGACACGCACGCACCACAACGAGGAGGUGCCCUGCUCGCUCGACAGCGAGGCCACAGACGCUGACAGAGGAGCAGCAGGCAACCCGCAGUGCGCGCCUCUCCCCCAGGCAGCGGCCACAGGAGCCGAGGCCGAUUCGCCCUUGGCCGGAGGCUCUCGGCAAGAGGGGACCAGCACGCCUCUCCCCACAGCAGGCUCCCCAGAAGCAAAACCAGCAGCUUCGCCCUCGGCCGGAGGCCCUCGGCACCAGGUUCCCUCUGAGCACAAAGCGGAUGUCAAUUCAUCCUCCUCCUCCAGAGACAUGCCAGAGGAUGACCCAGCCGUCGCCGCCCUCCCGGACCCACCGGCUCCCAGGCAACGGCCCUCGCUCCUCACGACGCUGCUUCAGGCUCUGCACAGAGCUUUCUCCUGCAGCUGUCUCACGGGGCAACGAGAGGGACGAGGCCAGGAUGCACGUGCCAGGCGGCUCCCCUGACAUGGCGGCUGGCCUUGUGGAUGCGGAGCGCAAAGAGGGAGAGCGACACAGACGCACGCGAUGGUGCCAGAGGCGUUCAGCUUGCCUCAGAGCACCUGCCACUUGCUGCCUCAGCUCAUGGCACAAAAGGAGGACCUGCCAGCUUGGAUGGGCAGCCAGAGCCACGCUCCGUCCUGGGGGCAACACAAAAACUGCCCCAGAGCACUCCUGCUGCUAGGGAGACCCAACAACCCUGCCAGAGACGAGGGUCUUCAAGGACAAACACGGACUCGCGCAUGGACUCGUGCACAAAGCCUCGUCAGGCUAGGGCCAUUUCCUGCUUGGAAUAAAAUCUUGGGGACUUGUUACUUGGUGUCAGUGACCUCUCAAGAGACAGACUAGUGCAGGCAACGCCAGUGAAGGCAGACAGAGCUGGAGAGAAACCCAUUUGCUGAGCUACAGAAACACAGAGCAGCUGGGGCUCCUGAACAUCUCUGCUCCAACCUGCUGCUGCCAGGUCAGGUUUCCCCGGGCCUGGCACUAUCGAGGUGUGACUGUCCGCAAGGACAGAUUCCCCCAUGACCCUGGGGCCCUGCUUCAGUCUUGGACCACCCUACUGCCCUGUGGCAUCUAAGGCCCCUCCAUAGCUUCAGCCUCUCGGUUUUGCCCCCACGCACAGGUAGCAACACAACAGGCCUCAUUGCAAUGACACAGCAUGGCCUGUGCUGAAGGAAAGCCCCUCAUGAGCAAGUGAGGACAGAACUCAGGUGAAACCAGUGCAGCAGCGGGUGCUAAGGGCAACCCAGUGAGGAGCACGACCCUCUCACAGGGAAAACCCAGAGCUAGGCAGGGGCUGGAACAACUAAGGCAGCAGCCGCGGCCACGGCAUCUCUGUCCCGCUUACGCAGCUGCCCCCGAGCCAGCCUCGCAGGAAAUCUGGUCAGUAGUUGGACGCCAGGAGCUAUGCAGCCAUCUGUCUGCGCCAGGCCAGCCCAGGCAGCAACAACCAGCUCCCCAAGGAGUCCCUGGCAAUAGCAAAGGCAGAGGUGGCGGAGCCCAGGGCAGCUCUCCAGACCACCCCGCUCUCAGCACAAGGGAGGCUUCAUGCGCAUAUGCAGACGGUUGGAGACAAACCUCUCUGGUGAGUGCCAGCCACCCUCUGCAGCCCACCCUGGCCAUUCCCGGGGCGCAGGGAGGCUCAGGGGGAGAAGAAAUCGCUCUGCCCCAGCCUGCCAGGGCAGCAGGGUCUGCCUGCAGAGCAGGCAGGUCCUGCCAGUGAGGGGGAAGGAUGUGAGGAGGAGUGGAUGGAUACUGCGAGUCGACAAUUCACCACCCCGAUAUCUGCUGGAGGGACAACGCAGGAAGGCACAAGCAAUCCAGGAGGUGCCUGGAGAGCAUCAGCAGAACUUCCUGAUACAGGUGGUAGAGGAGCCAGUGAGGAGAGGUGCUCUGCAGGACCUCGUAUUUACAGACAGGGAGGGGUGUAUUCACUCUUAGUUCAUUACCAGUUAAAUUGGAUCCAAGGGCUCUUGAAGUGCAGUGGAAGCAUAGCAUUUCCUUAAAGGAAAAGUUUUUGACUGUGACCUUUGCUUGGCCAAGAAGUUUCUCGGAGAAGGAAGAAAGUACCUGAGAAACCUUGCUCUUGUCUUGUAAGCAGACACCAUACUGGUGAGGCUUAUUGUCACCAUUGCUGCCGGGUGCUCUUUCCUACAGCUAGCUAGAGCAAAUAAAGCUUCUGU